GGCGGGGCCGGGUAAACGGCCUGCUCUGCCGGAGGAGGAGGAGGAGGAGCAGGAGGAGAAGGAGCGGGGCGAGAGGCCAGGCGGUACAUUUCAGCAUCAAAACUAGGAAAAAUAAGAAGGAAUGGCUGUGGAGGAACUUCAUUCCAUAAUAAAGAGAUGUCAAAUCCUAGAAGAGCAAGACUUUAAAGAGGAAGAUUUUGGCCUGUUUCAGUUAGCAGGCCAAAGAUGCAUAGAUGAAGGGCACAUAGAUCAGCUAUUAGAAAUUAUUCAAAAUGAAAAGAAUAAGGUCAUCAUUAAGAAUAUGGGCUGGAAUCUUGUUGGUCCUGUUGUUCGAUGCCUUUUAUGGAAUGAUAAGGAACAUGAUAAAAGAAAGUAUUAUUUUCUGAUGCUUGAUUUAUUGGUAAAGUUAUGUAAUCCAAAGGAAUUAUUGUUGGGUUUGCUUGAGCUGAUUGAAGAGCCCUCCGGAAAACAGAUAUCCCAAAUUAUUCUUCUUUUACUUCGGCCAUUACAAACAGUGAUUCAGAAACUUCGUAACAAGAAGGCAUAUUCAGUUGGAUUAGCAUUGUCUACGCUUUGGAGUCAGCUGUCUCUCCUUCCUGUUCCAUACUCAAAACAACAAAUACAAGCAGAUGACUAUGGCCUUUGUCAGUGCUGCAAGGCCUUAAUAGAGUUCACUAAGCCUUUUGUGGAAGAUGUCAUUGAUAACAAGGAAAACUCAAUGGAAAAUGAAAAAUUAAAGGAUGAAAUACUGAAAUUUUGUUUCAGAAGCUUGAAAUACCCUUUGCUGACAGCACAAUUCCUUGAGCAGUCUGAUGACACUGGAGAUGAUCCUUUAAGGUGUUUUGCAUCUGAAAUAAUAGGAUUUUUAUCAGCAAUUGGACAUCCUUUCCUCAAAAUGAUUUUUAAUCAUGGAAGGAAAGAGAAGACUUGGGAUUAUCUUGAAUUUGAGGAAGAAGAAGACAAACAGUUAUCAGACUCUAUGGCUUCUCUGGCAUAUCUAGUAUUUGUACAGGGCAUCAGUAUUGAUCAGCUUCCAAUGGUCUUAAGCCCAUCAUACCUUUUGCAGUUUAAUAUGGGGCAUAUUGAAGUCCUUUUACAAAGAACAGAGGAGUCUGUUUUCUCCAAAGGAUUGGAUCUGUUGGAGAAUGGUUUAUUGAGAGUAGAGGACAACAGUCUACUUCACCAGUACUUAGAAAUCAAGAGUUUUCUUACUGUACCUCAGGGCUUAAUUAAAGUAAUGACACUCUGCCCCACUGAGACAUUGAGGAAAAAGGGUUUAGCUAUGCUUCAGCUGUAUAUUAACAAGUUGGAUCCACAAGGCAAAUAUACUUUAUUUAGGUGCUUAUUGAAUACAAGUAAUCACUCAGGUGUGGAGGCCUUUAUUAUUCAGAACAUCAAAAAUCAAAUUGACAUGUCAUUAAAGAGAACAUAUAACAAAUGGUUUACAGGACCGCAGCUGAUUUCCCUUCUAGACUUGGUACUUUUUCUCCCAGAGGGUGCUGAAACAGAUCUACUGCAAAACUCAGAUAGGAUAAUGGCUUCAUUAAACUUACUGAGGUAUUUGGUUAUCAAAGAUAAUGAAAAUGACAAUCAAACUGGAUUAUGGACAGAACUCGAAAAGAUUGAGAAUAAUUUCUUAAAGCCACUCCAUACAGGUCUUAAUAUGUCAAAAGCACAUUAUGAAGCAGAAAUUAAAAAUAGCCAAGAAGUCCAGAAGUCUAAAGAUCUUUGUUCUAUAACUGUAGGUAGAGAAGAUAUCCUGAAUAUGCCUCCUGAAAUGCAGCUUAAGGUCCUACAUUCAGCUCUUUUCACAUUUGAUUUGAUUGAAAGUGUUCUGGCUCGAGUAGAAGAACUCAUUGAAAUAAAAACAAAGUCUACCUCUGAGGAAAAUAUGGGAUAAAGUGAAAGCUCCAUCCCCUAAAUAAAAACUAGUAAUAUACUAUAUUUUCCAUUAUGUUUAUUUAAUACCUUUAUAAAAGCUUUUCUGUAAAACACACUGAUAGAAAAUAAAUGUAGCUUUUCUCAUUUAUCCGUUUCAGCAAUGACACAUUAUGGAUCAGUAGUAUUGUUUGGUUUUAAAAAGAUAUCUACGGGCUUCCCUGGUGGCGCAGUGGUUGAGAGUCCGCCUGCCGAUGCAGGGGACACGGGUUCGUGCCCCGGUCCGGGAAGAUCCCACAUCCCACAUGCCGCGGAGCGGCUGGACCCCUGAGCCACGGCCGCUGCGCCUGCGCGUCCAGAGCCUGUGCUCCGCAACAGGAGAGGCCACAGCAGUGAGAGGCCC